AUGCUGCCUCACUCGCUUGCACAAUUUUUUCAUCUUAGACCAGCCGGUCCGGGAGCUUUGUUGACCGCAGCUACGGAACAAGUCAGGAUCGAUGUCUAUUUUGGGAGUCAAACUGGAACCGCGGAGGAAUUUGCGUUGACCAUCCAAAAAGAGGGCAAGAUGAACGGGUUCGACGUGAAGGUCAUCGACCUUCAGUCUUAUGAUGUUGACACCUUGGAUAGCUCUAACUCAAUCUUUGUAACUGCAACAUAUGGGGAAGGUGAUCCCACCGACAAUGCGAAAGAAUUCGUUGAAUGGCUGGUGCACAAGGCUGAUCCAGAUUCACUGAAAGGGAUGCAAUUCGCUGUUUUCGGACUCGGAAAUUCACAGUAUGAAAACUAUAACACGGUUGGCAAAACAAUUGACAGCCAUUGUGAGCGUCUCGGAGCCACAAGGAUAAUGGAGUUGGGUCUAGGGGAUGAUGACAAGGACAUUCAACAGGAUUUUGAAGAGUGGAAAGAAAAAUUGUGGAGGACCUUGCAUGCUCACUUUGAUGUCGAUAGGGUGAAAGAGAAGUGUAAAACGGUAGAGACCGAAAUAUCUCGCAAGGACAUUCGUGAGAAGGAACACAAGUACAAACUCGAGGUGGUGUCAGAAAGGACCGCGAUGGAAUUUCCACAAUCUUCUUCUGUGCACUCCCUGGACACAAAUCCCAUGGUCAACAUGACAGUAACGUGCAAUGAUGAGUUGAAUAAGUGCACCGAUCGUUCUUGCCGUCACAUUGAGCUUGCAUUGAAUAACUCCGGAUUGGUAUAUGAAACUGGUGAUCAUGUUGCAAUCUUACCUGACAACGACCCGCACGAUGUGGAAGAGCUCGCGCAGCGUCUUGGAGUGAGUUUGUCUUCAUGGAUUUAUUUGGUAGACGAUGAUUCGUCUUCUCCAUUUCCUUGUCCAUGCACGGUUCAGAAAGCGCUUUGCAACUAUGUUGACAUCAACGGCAUGCCUAAAAGAAGUUUCAUCGAGCACUUGGCAAUGAAAGCUAUCGAUAGCAAUGAAAAGCGACGCUUAGAGACGAUAGCUGGUCGAGACGAUGCAAGUGUUUAUCAGCAAUACAUAUGUGAGGGAAGAAGGAAUGUAUUAGACCUGCUUCGUGAGUUUCCCUCUGUGAAGCUAUCGCUGCAUGAUUUGCUUGAAUCGCUGCCUCGGUUGCAACCAAGGUUCUAUUCUAUCUCGUCGGGAAGCAACACUCAUCCGGAGUCAGCCCACGUCACCGCUGUAGUAGUAGACGACAUUUUGCCUGAGGGCAGGAGGUUCAAGGGAGUAUGUACCAACUUUCUCAAGCAAACGAAGGAAACAACAUUCAAGCUGCCAAAUGAUUCAAGGACUCCGGUCAUUAUGAUUGGAGCAGGAACAGGAUUGGCUCCGUUGAGGGGAAUGUGCCAGCACCUGGAAACUUGCAGUGCACGAGGAGACGAAUUGGGCCACAAUGUCUUGAUCUUCGGUUGCAGGUCUAGCAAGCAGGAUUACAUCUACGAAGACGAGAUCAACCGAUGGUGUCAAAACAAAACGAUCAGCAGCCUUUUCCUUGCGUUCAGCCGUGAGAACCCUCAACAAAAGGUUUACGUACAGAACAGGGUCAGGGAAAAUUCACAGCUGCUUGUGGACCUGAUUGAGAAAGGGGCUUACAUUUAUGUGUGUGGGAGCACCUCUAUGGCAAAAGAGGUCAAGAGAGCGUUUGUAGGUUGUUUUCAAGACACCAGGCAAAUGUCGACAGUGGAAGCAGAGGAUUUGGUUCAUUCGCUAUCUAAAGGUGGCAGAUACCUGCAAGAUGUUUGGAGUUGAGCUCUUCUCUUACUUUUUCCUUGGCUACGUCUUAUAAGAGGCUCGUGACGUGUUUUAAUAUCAUAAAGAUUGUAAGAG